AUGCUCGCAGAACCGAGAAAACGCCAUAAUGGCCAACCGCAAGCCUGCGAACCGUGUCGCAAGGCCAAGGUUCGCUGUGACCAUGCAAGCCCAAGGUGUUCACGUUGUGUCCUGCGCAGCCUGGACUGCAUUUAUCACCCUGCUCCCAUGACCAAGCGGCGCCCUCCGACCUCCCACACAUCCAUGCAGUUCGACUCGACGCUGCCCGACCUCCUAACAACUCAUCCUGUCUCCACAACCUUCCAGAUUCCCACCGAAUCUUCCAUAGGGGCGGAGAUCUCUCUUUCCCCUGCGCAUCCGAGCCCCGCUGCGAGUUCGGGGCUAACAGCCCGUUCUAGCGCAUCAAAAAGAAACAUGCUAUUCCAAGAGCAGCUGGGCCAACACGAGACGACUCGCUUCUCUGCUGUUUUUGUCGAAAAUCAAGAUAGCUUUGGUGCAGUGAUGCUUGAUGCCACGAACUCCGACCACCACGACCUAGCCCGAGAACCUGAUGUAAUGGCCAGGUCCCGCGUGGAGUUGGCUGUCAGAACACUGCUUAACUUCCCCACUGCUCGUACAUGUGAAAUGCUGAUGACAGGAAUCAAUCAUAUUUAUGAUGUAUGGUUGUCACCCACCAUGAUCCAGCAAUGCUUGAAACAAGUAUGGACAGAAUACGCCAGUGAGCUAGGUGAGCUCCGGACACGGGAAUCAGUAUGGAGAGUGGCAAAUGAUCUAUUUCUCAACCACAAGAGGCCUCACUCAACAUCUGAAUACGAUUACGCACGAAAUUCCGACCAUGCUUCUUGGGUGAACUGGUUUGGCGGACCUCAUCUGCAUUGGGAAAUGAUUGGGAUCCUCUUCAGCUGGGCUGGAAUUGCGUUCAGGUGCAAACAAGAGUGGGACCCGGUAUUUGACCUACCCGAGCAGUGUGGACGGAAUCGCAACACUGCCGCAGAAAAGAUGAGAGAGUGUGCUACUGCCUGUGUAAGGCUUUGCGAAGGGAACUUUGAAACCAGUGAUACCAUGGUCAUUUGCAUGAAGAAUAGCACCAGACUACAGAGCAUCAUCAUCAGUGACGAGAGUGACCGCGUACGAGUCGACUACGGAACUGUCCGCAGUGCUUUUAUAAGCGCAGGAUUGCACCGCCUCACCCCUGCGAAGGAAUUCACCCCAUUUUUCCAACAUCGAGCGUCACUCGCUUCGUCGAUGUAUUACCACGACAAAUGUCACAGUUUGUUCAAUGCGCGACCACCAAUGCUCAGUAACCGUUACUGCCAUUGCCCUCUCCCACUCGAUUUAUGUGAGGAAGAUGUAUAUGGGGGCCGAGAAAGACUGACCAUGGCCAUUGGAAACCUUGACUCGAAUGGCUGGAAUACGAAUGGUCAAAUAUUUACAACAACAUGGCUCAGAGCACUGGCGAUGCUUAGUCCUAUCCGGGAGGGAAUCUUGGAACUAACUCUCAGUGUCAAUUCGAAGUUUACCAAAUCGCAGGUAGAAGACCUACAAGUCCAGUUGGGGAAGAUAGUUGCUUCAUACCCUUCGCACAUUCAGUAUCAGGGGAACUCUGAAUGGCACCCGCAGUCAAGCUCGGGAUUCCAUGAACGGAGAGCUCAUGAAGUCUAUAUUAUCACCCGCAUACGACUUGAUGUAUUGCAAUGUCAGUUUCUGCUCCAGCGCCUACUUGUAGUGCGGCAAUUCAGUGGUGGCCAAGACUUGUUCGAUAUCGCCCAAGAGACAAUGUCUGUUAUCCUGUCUCUCUGGCUUAACCGCGAUCAGCUACAGGAAUUCCACCAUGCCUUUGACUGGAUUGCAGUAUCAUACGGAAUGCCCUGUGCGGGAAUUUUGUGCGUCGAGCUUCUCCGAGCGAGUGGUCUAGUACCACCUGCGCAACAGACCGAACCUUCAUCAACGGGCGCAGCUGGCGACUGUGUUAAAUUCUCGCGGUCAGAAGUCGUUCAAAAUCUGGUUAUGUUCAGAGCCUUCCUUGACUGGAUACGGCCUACAGAUAACAAUGUGCAGCUUAGCAAGAAGUUCAAGACAGUUCUACAGCGAAUCGUUGACGCUGUAUUUGAUUCUUUGGGCUCCUCGGGUGGCCUGCAAACACAGAUGCCGAGCGAACAGCGGUCCCAGACACACUAUGGUCCGCAAGAUCAGCAAUGUCCAGUGCAAAAUGUACCUACUGCGACUGGCAGAGAGCAUGAUAUUGACCCCGAGAACACAUUCAACGACAUGGAUUGGCUAAACAUCGUUGAUUGGACUCAAGGUGCUCAUCAACUUGCGCAAGUCCUCAGAGGCCAAACAGCAGCAAUCAAUUCCACUUCGAUGACCAUGUCUCCAAACGACUCAUUCAAUACACCCCGGCAGCCUGUCAAAAACGCAACUGUGCCAUUUUGGCACCGAGACAUUCACGAACUGCACGAUCACCGGACCACAGAGGAGCUUCCAGUGUCGAGUGACGUCGUCAUCAUAGGCGCCGGUUAUGCAGGAGUUAGUACAGCGUACCAUUUGGUCAAAGGAGAUGCCAGUGACAGCGAACUCUCCGUCACAGUACUGGAAGCACGGGGUGUCUGUUCGGGCGCGACAGGACGAAAUGGUGGCCACCUAAGGCCUGACAUGUACACCCCCAUGCCCAGGCUUAUCGACCGAGCAGGAGUUGAACGCGCCUUGGAGGUGACGGAAUUUGAAAUCGCACAUAUACACGCCAUAAAGGCCUUGGUUGAAAAGGAGAAAAUCGACUGUGACUUUACCCUCACGAGGUCUAUCGAUGUAUGGUCCAACGAAGAGACUGCCCGAAAGGCUAAGGAGAUGUAUGACACGCUGGCAUCUCGUGACCUGGAAUAUAUGAAGGACGUCUUCUUUGUGCUUGGAAAGGAUGCGGAGGGUAUCUCGGGAGUCAAAGGCGCCAAAGCAUGCGCUUCUUUCACGGCAGCAACUCUGUGGCCGUACAAAUUGAUUCUUCAUCUGACCGCCUCUAUUCUCGAAACUGGGCUGGUAAACCUCCAGACUCACACCGCAGUGACGUCUGUGACUCGGCAAUCUUCAGGAAGCUUUGUUAUUACAACCCCACGAGGCACGACAGUCGCUCGGAAAGUCGUGUAUGCGAAUAAUGCCUACAUAUCGGGUCUUCUUCCACAGUACCGCGAAGCCAUCGUUCCCUGCAAAGGACAGUGUACUCAUAUUUCAGUUCCCGAGGGUAAAAGCGCGCCUCUGCUGAACAACUCCUACAUAGUCCGUGAAGAGGACAAUGUUGUGUCAUACUUCAUCCCACGCGCUGACGGUAGCAUUGUUGUCGGUGGAGCCAACUUACGUUACUACACUGAUUUGAGUUCAUGGUACGACAACGUGGACGAUUCAUGUCUCAUUGAGCAAGUCAAAGACCAUUACGACGGUUAUAUGCAGCGGCAUUUCAAUGGCUGGGAAGACAGCGGGGCCCAAGUGGAUAAAAUCUGGACCGGGAUCAUGGGAUACAGCUGGGAUUCCCUGCCCCACGUCGGCGCCGUACCUGGGGAGGAUGGCCAGUAUGUCCUUGCGGGAUUUAAUGGGCAUGGAAUGCCUCAGGUAUUCUUGUCUGCGCUUGGAGUUGCCAAGAUGGUUCAGAAUGGGAUCGAGUUUGAAGAUGCUGGUGUUCCGAGGCUGUUUCAAACGACAAAGGAUAGGCUCGAGAAGGCGAAGAACGGUCAUUUUGGGGGUGAUAUACUCGCGAUCAAGAGAUGA